AAAGAAAUGCACGUAUGUAUGUAGGAAUCUUUUGUAUUGGAAAGGAAGAAUGGGGGCAUCAUCCAUUAAAGGGCGUCUUUCUUAAUCCUGUGGUUUUCAAUCAUCAGUUUGUGCCGUACAGACUCCCCCGAGUUGGUUCUCGCGUCUCUUGUUUCUCUCUCUCUCUCUCUCCCCACACACAUUCCAUCUCUAUCUCUCUCUCUCCACAUUGCUGCCCUGUUCUUGAUAAAAUUCCUAAAUUUUUUUUGGGGCUUGAACGUAAGGAUGAGCAACGAAGAAGAGAAGAGGUGUCCACUUUGCGCAGAGGAGAUGGAUUGGACAGAUCAGCAGUUCAUGCCUUGCAAAUGUGGUUAUCAGGUUUGUGUUUGGUGUUGGCAUCACAUAAUUGACAUGGCAGAGAAAGAUGAGACAGAGGGGAGAUGUCCAGCAUGUCGGACAAUAUAUGACAAGGAGAAAAUUGUGGCAAUGCAAGCAAAUUGUCAAAGGACAAUGACCAAAAGUUCAAGUAAGAAAGCUAAACCACCAAAGGCCAAGCCAAAAGCUAAUGAAGUAAAGAAGGAUUUGACAAAUGUUAGAGUGAUUCAGAGGAAAAUGGCGUACGUCAUUGGACUACCUCUCAGUCUAGCUGAUGAAGAUGUACUGAUGCGGAAGGAGUAUUUUGGUCAGUACGGAAAAGUGACAAAGGUGUCUCUCUCACGGACAUCUGGUGGGGCCGUUCAACAGUUUAUCAAUGACACAUGCAGUGUAUACAUAACAUACAGUAAAGAAGAAGAGGCCUUAAGAUGUAUUCAAUCAGUUCAUGGUUUUGUCCUGGAAGGUAGACUUUUGAGAGCUUCAUUUGGAACUGCGAAAUAUUGUCAUGCUUGGCUGAAAAACAUGCCAUGCAACAAUCCUGCCUGUUUAUAUUUGCAUAGUAUUGGGGCUAAUGAAGAUAGUUUCGGAAAAUAUGAGGUUGCUGCUGUUCACACGAGGAGUAGAGUCCAACAAAUUGUUGGUGCCACGGACAAUGUGGUAAAGCGCUCCGGCAACGUGUUGCCUCCUCCCCUUAGUGAUAUUCAAAAUAGUACCAGUACUUUUACUGACAAAUCUACUGUAAGAAGUGGCAUAUCAGAUGCUCCUCAUGUUUCUGGAAAUAGCACCUAUGAUACAACAUGUCCACAUUUUUUUAAACAGAAGCAAGGAGCCAGUGCAGUACCCCACAAAUUGGCAACUUUUGUAGAUAUUGUCGGACGGUCUAAUUCUGCUGCUCAUGGAAAGGAAGGAAACAGCUCUGAAGAUGCGAGGAUUUUAGACCUACGUUCUGAAUUAUCUUCAGCAACAAUUAAUGGAAACAUACAUGCAGGAGAGGCGUAUCCCGUUCCUAACCUGCUUAAGGUCUCCUCAUUUAAUCACAUGAGGAAUGAGUUAUUUAAAAAUAGCCCAGAUGAACCACUCAGAGGAGAUUCUUUGUUAUCCAAUACCCAAGGAUCUAAGGACACCUGUGGUUCAAGUCAUAGAACUUUCUUUCUCCAUCCUUCUUAUCCUGCAACCUUUUCAGAGGAUUCAGGUGGUCCAGCUUUAUUCUGCAAGAAGACACGUAGUGGGAAUGAUUUUAAUCUGAAUCAGAGUCUUGUAGACAAUCGUGAUAAUGAGGCUUCUCUACCUAUCACAUAUGUAAAUUCCAUGUUAAAUGAUUCAGGCCAGGAGUUGAAGUUUCCAAGUCCUGCUAAAUCUGAUAGAACUCAUAGAAAUUUCAAGUCGUUUUCCAAUGAAGAAAUAGUUGAGCACUUACGAAGAAUAGAUGAUGAUAACUUUACCAAUGUCGAGGAGAAUUCUGCUUUAGUUGCUGUAGAGAGUAGUAUAAUUUCAAAUAUCAUGUCGGUAGAUUUUGAUUCAUGUGAAUAUUCUUUAGCGAUGACUAACGCUUCGUCUGAGUUGCUUGAUGAAACUGAUGGCUUGGGCGGUUCUUCCUGGAGUUCCCUAAAUAGUGACCUAUCAGGGUACUCAUUCAUUAAACAAGAUGGCUUUGCAAGUCAAAUGCCUAGGUCCAUCCUUCCAGAUUAUGGGGAUAACAAAGAGCAGUAUUUGUGUAAGCCACAAUAUCCAGUAAGUAGGCCUCAAAGUUUGGCUCCGCCUGGGUUCUCAGUGCCAUCUAGAGAUCCACCUCCAGGGUUUUCGUCGAGUGAGAGAACAAGCCGUUUACCCCGCGUCUCAUCAGGUUGUCGUUUGGCUAAUGCUUCCCCUUUUUCCAGCACUUUGCUUCAACCAUCUCCAACAAGACUCAGUGGCAGCCUCGAGAAUGCUAAUUUAUCUUCUCCUGCCAUAUUAACUUGUGGUAAAGGUCAACAGACAUAUGGGUUUACAACCCCAGGCUUUGAAAUGAGGCCAACAGGUGUUCCAAGCCUGAGUGCACUAGACGAUGAAUCCAGAUUUUGGCUUAUGAUGUCCCAAUCAACAUCUGCACAUCCAAACUCAAAAUUCUCUAAAAUGUUUGCUACCCAAACUCCGUUAAUGCAGCAACAACUGAGUCAUUCUAGUCAUAUGGGCAACGGGCUGUCUGGAGCAGACGAUGUUUAUGGUUUACAUCCAAGACUAGUUGAUCAACACCAAAACUACAACCCCUCUUUCUUCACUCCAACAUCACAGCAGAAGUAUGCAAAUGGUCGCAUUUCCAAUACCAACGGCCACCAGCAUCGUCUGGAUGAGGUCCCACGUAAUAGUGAAACAGAACUUCAGAGAAAGGAGAGAUUAGGAGGAGUCAACAAGUACUUUCCAAGUUAUGGGGAGCUAAUGUUUAGUUCAGCCGACGUGUACAGCAGAGUAUUCAGGUUGUAGUUUCUCAUAACUCUGAUGGCAUGAAUACCUCCCUAAUCAAACUCAAUGUAUGUGCAGUUCUGAGUUCAAGAUGAAGCUUAUUAUAAUUAUCAAACGAUGCUUUGGGGGGUGCAUGUCGGGUUUAUUGUUGUGAAUCUGCACUUAUUCUUUAUACAGAUAUGUGCCUGAUGUGUGCAACGACGUGCAAACUUGCCCAUAUUUUGCUCAUGUUGAUGGUGGCCUCAUGUUAUGUCGUUCCAGCCGGCGCCUACUCAAGAAGUCGUGCACCAUUAGAUCGCACCUGGUGAUAUUAGUAUUUUACUUCAUAACAUCAUCUAUUCAUAUUCGGUAGUUCAAUGAUCACUCAGGGACAGGGCAGUAAAUGAUUCGAAUCGAACCGAAUGCACCA